GCUGUCUACUUACAGUCUGAAUCCUCAUAUAGGUCCACAAUUUCGUAAGAGGAUACUUCCGGUUAUAUACUUAGGGUUUUCUGUACUUUAAUGUCGUUUACUCCUCUGAAAUCAAAUUCUGCAGUAUGAAUAUGAAAAUUCCGUAUUUUAUGAUUAUAUUGGCUAUUUAUCUUGCAUCAGAAUUCUCGGAAGCAGGAAGAUAUAACUGUAAGAAACCAUCAUUUAGAAAUGGCAGAGCUCGAAUACGAAGUAAAGGACGCCUUGUUAGGUAUCGUUGUAAAAAGCGAUUCAAACUUUAUGGGGCAAAAGUGGCUCUCUGUGUUACUGAUAAAUGGAAUUUUCCUACGCCUGUGUGUGUCGCGGCAGGUAGAAAAUGCUCAGCUGUAGAAGAACAAAAUGGUCUAUUAAUUUCCAAACAACUAAAUGGCGGGUUGCUAAAAUUUUCCUGCAAGUUCGGCUUGACAUUAGAAGGAAAGAACCUUCUAUAUUGUGAUGGAUCUAAGUGGAGCAGUAAAGUGCCCCAGUGUAUUUACAAGGAAUCAAAGAAAUCAUGUGACUUCGAAACAGCGGAUUUGUGUGGUUGGAUGCAAGAUGAUUCGGACAGUUCUUACUUUGACUGGACACGAACAACGGCUGCUGAGAUGACACAUAGUCAAGGGACUGGACCAACUUCAGAUCACACCUUCCCAGACAAAGAGACAGGUCACUAUCUGUUUAUGGAAGCGUCUAAGCCUAGACAGCGUGGGAAUUUUACCCGUCUACUGUCGCCUUACUAUGCACCAGCACGAGACGGUCUUUGCCUAGAAUUUUGGUAUCACAUGCAUGGACCAGAUGGAGAAAAAAAUGUUGGGACACUUACUAUUGGAAUCGAUGAUUCUGGUGAUAACAUUGUGAACCCUAUCAAUAUGUGGAACAUUGCUGGAAACCAAGGAGAUUUUUGGCAUAAGGGGUCACUACCAAUCGGAAAGAGGAUUUCCUUUUUCCAGAUAGUCAUAACUGGAACUAGAGGGGAGGACUUCCGUGGGGACAUAGCAAUUGACGACCUCUCCAUCAACAACUGCACCGACUGCACCGACAACUGCACCGACGAUACCACUGCAAAUGAAUCAACAGCAGUUACAACGACUUGGAUGGACGUCAGAACUAAUACCAAAUCAUCAUUAAAUUCCCGAACAAAUCAAGCCGAACAACCAAUAGACGACACAACUGAAGCUAGUUCAUUGGGAUCCUCUGAGGAGGAGAAAACUGUUCAUGUAACUAGCAAACCCAUAACUGAUUAUAGAAGCCCAUCUCAUGUCACAACAACAGAUAUGAAUGGAAAAAUUACUAUACAUAAAACUUCAGAGGACCUUCUCACUUAUACACCAUUAUCGAGAACAAUUAGCACAAAAAAGCGGUCUACAUCUCACAGCGAAACGAUUGCUAGGAUAUCUAGCGUUACUAAAGAAUAUCAUGUUGAAACAAGCAAAUAUUCACUGCUGACUAGCCGUAUUCCGGAACGAACAGCAGUCCCUACAAAUUUGACAUAUGUUUCUUCUGGAGCUACCACUGCAUAUAGUCAUUCAACACAAAACUCAGGUCAGAAUAAAGUGACGAAAUCUAAUAAAAUAACUAAACCGAUACUAACCACAGAAUCCCAUACGAUACUACCAAAGAAAAAGACAACAACAAAUCAGUCUGUCGUAACCGACACUACAAUAUUACACACAGAAAAACAAACCAGUAGUAGUACUACUAUAAAUCAAGCAUUAUCUUAUAUGACUUCAACCAUAGCAUCAACGUCAUUAAGCUCUACCACGUCAGCAACAUUCACAACCUCAACGUCAUCAAACUCUAUUACGACACCAAUAACCACAACAUCAACGUAUUCAAAUUCUACCACAAGAUCAACAGUUUCAGAAUCAACGUCAUCGAACUCUACAAUGAAACAGAAAACCUCCAUCGCAACAUCUUUAUCAACAUUUACCAUGAAAUCCCCAAUCAAAACGACAAAUCUGUCCAUCGCUGAAAUAACCACAAUGAGUCCAAAACAUGUUUUGACUGAAAAAACAAAUAAAGACAAAACAACAUAUGCUAUGGUAACUCCUCAAACGAUUCGUACUUCAAUGUCAAAAACAACAAUAGACUACAAUGCAUUCAGCACAUCCUUCUCUUUGACAGCACGACAAGGUUUUAAUUCUAACAACACUAUAAAUGAAGUAAUAAUUACCACGCACUCGACAAACAGCACUGAUAUACCUAACGUAAUAGUUAUUGGUCAACAAUCUGCCUCUGACGAUCCACCCGUCAGACCACUAAUGAUUGGACUUGGGGUGGGGGUAGCGAUAGGACUCGUGAUUGUUAUUGUGGGAAGUUAUCUGUGGGUCAGAAGAAGACGCAGAAAGGAACAGGAGUGUGACGAAAUGAUGCCAAUCACUGGAACGGGUUCUCAAGAGUGGUGAAUGAUCUCAGUUCUAGAUACUUGAUUCUUUAUAACCCUAUAGCACCCAUGUUCGUCUUUGGAUGUAUUUUAGACAGAACGUCACAUAAACUGGUGUUUUGAUGUAAAAAGUCAGGAUAGAAAGGGUGCUACUAAAUAGAGUACUUUAGAGUACGCUGGUAAAAUUUCCACAUCUAAUGCAAUUUAAGUGUGUAUUUGUGUGUAUACUGCUUAAAUAAACAUGAUUAUAAAAUAAUA